AUGUCGCACCGUAAGUCCAGGAAAACCGACGCCCUGAUGAAAGCAAUUUCUACCUGCUUCGGGGGCCAGCAGGCUCGACGACGGCGGCCUUGCUCGAGUCAGGGUCGCCAUCAGGUGGUAGGGGCGGCGCGUCGGGUCGCACGGUGGGCUCGCAGUCACUGGCCACGUAACGUAGCACCACCAGAGGCGUCGAGCGAACAACCAGCCGGCGCCACCGACCAACGGGACUGGUCGGGGCUGCCAGAGGACCUGCUGCUGGCGGCCAUGGCGUCGACGGAGGUCCUCGACGUGCUCAACUCCGGCGACGUCUGCUCCUCCUGGCGCGCGGCGUGCGCCCAGUUCUGUCGCCUCCACCUCCACGCCAAGCCCAACCCGCCUCCCUGCCUGCUGCACGCCCGUGCCGCCGACGGCGCCGCCGCGAUCUACUCCCCAUCAACCGGCGCCACCUUCCCCUGCCGCGGCGGCGGGUUUGCGGUUGCAGGCUCGGCGCACGGGUGGGUGUUCGCCGUUGACGAUGCGACGGCCAACCCCUUCCUCUUCAACCCUCUCACGGGCGCCCGGACCGCGCUCCCGCCCCUCGCCACCCUCGAGCGCGUCAAGGGCACCUCCCUCACCGCCGACGGCACUGUCGUGUAUGACAUCGACCAUUGGCAUCCGACGUGCGCCGCCACCGCUGCGAUGGGCGUGGAGCCUGUGACUGCAAGGAGGGCGCGAGACUGGAUGUUUCGUCGCGCCGCCAUCUCCGCCGCCGGCGUUGUCCUCCUUGUGCACAUGCCACACGGCGAGGCAUCGUACGCGAGGCCGGGAGACGAGCGCUGGACCUCACUCUCAUCCGUCCUGGCAUCCUUCAUGGCUUGCCCCAUCAUCGGCGUCGUCCACAACAACAACAACGGCCUUUUCUAUCUGAUGUGCCAAGGCGGCACCAUUUUCUCCGUAGACCUCGCUGGACCGGUGCCGGCGGGGCGAACCAUCUCGUACCUGAUGAGGGAGUUGCGCCCUAGCUAUAAAAACUCCUACUACGUCGUCUUCCGCGGCGAAGAGCUCCUGGUGGUGACGAGACACCUCUCGCUGUCGAGACCUCGCGCGGGGGAGAAGGACGUGUCCACGACGGACAUAGUGAUCGAGAAGAUCACUUUUGAGCUGCCAGCUCUGGUCAGGUUGCCUGGCGUCGGGGACGACUACGCCUUGUUCCUUGGCAACAACGAGCCGAUGUGCCUUCCGGUGAAGGACUAUCCCAUGUUGCGGCCCAACUGCGCCUAUCUCGCCGACGACAGUGAGCAGCACUUCCCGCCUAUCACGCGGCAAGACGCCGGUAUAUGGGAUUUCAGUAGCGGGAGAAUGCACAAGUUCGGUAGCCAACUGCAGCCUUGGCUGGAUGAGCGACCUCCUAUUUGGAUCACCCCCUCUCUUUACUAGCU